UAGAUAGUACUAGACUACUAUAGUGAUUAGCAUCAAACUAAAGAAUGCAAGUAAGAGUUUUAGAAAUGUCCAUCUUACUUUUCUUGGUAUUUUUCCCAUUGCUUAGCUUAGGACACAGACUAGAGGGUUGUGAGGAUUCUCGGUGCAAGAGUGAUGGUCCCGUCAUUCAUUUCCCGUUCAGACUCCGUCAUCAACCAAAACAUUGUGGCUAUCCUGGCUUUGAACUACACUGUAACAAUAAAAAUGACACCAUCCUUGAGCUUCCCUCCUCUGUUCACUUGGUUGUUGAAAAGAUUGAUUAUGUCUCACAGCAAAUUCACCUUUAUGAUCCUGACGAGUGCAUAGCAACCAAGCUACCAAAACUGAAUUUGUCACAAUCUAAUUUCAGAAAUGCUGAUGAUCUCACAGACCUAUUCAAUUGUUCUGAACCAUUCACAGACAGUAAUGAUGGUUACUUGGUUCCAUGUCUUGGUUCUUCUGGUUACCAAGUACAUGCUGUUACUUCGACUUUAAGCCUCGACUUCUUACUGUCUGGGCCUUGCACAAAAAUUCAUCAGUACCCAUACACAGAGUCAACAUUUGGUGAGAACAAGCUGCAGCUGAAUUGGCCUGUACCACUUUGUGGAAACUGUGAGUUCAAAGGAAUGGAUUGUGGUCUCAAGGAUGGAACAAAGCUAUCGGAAACUCAUUGUUUCAAUCGAAAUAUGACCCAUAAAGGUAACACUAAGCAGCCCUUGAUUGCAGGUGUAGUUUUAGGUACAGCGCUUGUUUGCAUUAUUGUCUUUUCACUUUAUCAGCUAUAUUUGACAAGUAGAAAUGAAAGAGAGAGUCGAGUUAGACUUGAAAAGUUUUUGGAUGACUACAAGGCCAUCAGACCAACACGAUAUUCUUAUGCUGAUAUUAAGAAGAUAACAGAUAAUUUUAAUGAAAAGUUAGGAGAAGGGAGUUAUGGAACUGUAUACAAAGGCAGACUUUCUAGUGAAAUCUAUGUUGCAGUAAAAGUCCUACGCGAUUCCAAGGGUAAAGGGGAAGAAUUUAUCAAUGAAAUUGGUACAAUUGGGAGAAUCCACCAUGUUAAUGUGGUCCGCUUGGUUGGUUUUUGUGCUGAUGGAUUCAGACGAGCUCUGAUCUACGAAUACCUACCAAAUGAUUCACUUGAAAGGUUUAUUUUACCAGUGAGCUCAAGCCUGGGUAGUGUCUCACUCAUCAGCUGGAACAAGCUUCAACAUAUUGCUCUGGGUACUGCAAGAGGGAUUGAGUAUCUUCACCAGGGAUGUGAUCAGCAAAUCCUACAUUUCGAUAUCAAACCACAAAACAUCCUUUUAGACCACAACUUGAAUCCCAAAAUAUGUGAUUUUGGCCUAGCCAAACUAUGUUCUAAAGAAAAGAGUGCGGUCACUAUGACAGCUACUAGGGGAACCAUUGGUUACAUUGCACCAGAAGUGUUAUCAAGAAACUUUGGUAAAGUUUCUCAUAAGUCUGAUAUUUAUAGCUUUGGGAUGCUCUUGUUAGAAAUGGUUGGUGGGAGGAUAAAGAUGGAUUCUAAGACGAAUAAUCACAGCAAAGUGAAUUCUUUGGAAUGGAUAUAUAGACAUUUGGAGAAAGGGGAAGAAUUAAAGAUUCGUAUAGAGGAAGAAGGAGAUAAUACAAUUGUGAGAAAGUUAGCUAUUGUUGGACUUUGGUGCAUACAGUGGCAUCCCAAUGAUAGGCCUUCAAUAAAAGAAGUUACUCAGAUGCUGGAAGGAGAUGGAAGCCAUCUCAACUUGUCCCCCAAUCCUUUUAUGGCUACUAAUACGCCUAAGUUAAAUGCAAGUCCUCUCAGUGAAGAUCUAGACGUGAUAUUAGAAAUUGAAUAACUCUUCAAAGUCAUUUGUAUAAUUAAUGAAAAGGAGAUAGUGUAAGAAUUGCAAAAGUAUUUUGUUUCAUAGUAAUCAGGGAGCUGAAUGAUAAAUAUGUAGACUUAUUUCUUGAUUUGAAUGCAUUAGA